UUCACAGCUGAGGAGCAAUGGAGGAGUACCAGGCAGAGGAGGAGACUGCGUUCGUCGUUGAAGAAGUGAGCAAAAUCAUAAAAGAGUCAGUAGAAGCAGCCAUAGGAGGAAAUGCCUACCAGCACAGCAGAGUGAACCAAUGGACCACCACUGUAGUGGAGCAGUGCCUCAGUCAACUCAGCAAGCUGGGGAAGCCUUUCAAAUAUAUCGUGACCUGUGUCAUCAUGCAGAAGAACGGAGCCGGUCUGCAAACAGCCAGCACAUGCUUCUGGGACAACUCUACCGAUGGAAGCUGUGUGGUGAGAUGGGAGAACAAGUCCAUGUACUGUAUCGUCAUUGUUUUUGGGCUGGCCAUCUGAGCCAACGACCAUGUUUGAAAUGUACAGGAUAUUGUGGAUUUUUCUGAACAAGUAUGUUAUAAUUGGUCAUGUUGGCCAUAUUUAAAUAAACAGCUAUGGGUUUUUUAUAUUAAGUGCAAUUGAUUAAAACAAUAUUAACUUGUA